AUGUGGUGCAUGAAGAACGAGUUGGCUCUUGACAAGAUUGUCCGCUCUGCACUCGUGCCAAUCUUCUCCAAAGCUCCCCUGGCCCCGAAGAGACUUGGUAGAUUCUUACUGAGUUGGUCGAUAGGUUUCCUGCUCGCACUUCCUUAUGGAGUCAUGGCGGACCGUGUUGGCCGUAAGAGAGUCCUUCGCCUCUCCAUCAUAGGCCUCGUCCUUUGCGACACGUUCAAGCUUAUCGUCAUAUGGCAAUCGGACUACAUGCCCUUGCGGAUGAUCUGGCUGGCUCCUGUGUUUAGGAUAAUAGGGGGCGGGGAUGCCGUAGCUGCAACAAUGGUACUCGCGGCAUUAGCAGAUGUCUACGAGGACGAAGAAAGGUCUGACGCUGUGUAUCAUCAUGACAUCGACUCUGGAUCUUGCACAACACAAUGUCAGACUCGUGGCGGCUUGAUUGCCAGAUCAACCUCGAUACUUGCGCGGAGUCUUGCCGCCAUCUUCGCCGAUAGAAACGUCCUCUUCUUGCUGUUUGGCUUCUUCGCAACUACCGUCGGCACAGUGGCCGCCGGAUUCGAGUUGCAAUACGUUCACAGGCGAUAUGGCUGGAGCUACGCACGCGCGAGCUCUCUUUUGGCCAUCCGGCCAUUUGUGACAAUCAUUGUGCUUUUGAUAAUCAUUCCUACAUCCAGCAAGAUCCUCCUAGUGGCGUGCAGCGUGUCAAAUGCUCAGAAGGAUCUCAUUCUGGUACGUGGCAGCGCCACUCUUCUCAUGAUCGGAACAUUACUUCUCGGCAUCUCAGAGGUAUCUUCUGUUGCAGUGUUCUCUUUCGUCGUCUUUGCACUAGGCAACGGGUUUACGACUGUGAGUAAGAGUCUGCUUACGACUUUCGGCCCGCAUGAAAUGGCCGGGACCCUGCUAUCCGCGAUGAACGUCAGUGCAGCCCUGGGAGCAGUCAUCGCUGGGCCAUUGAUAACUGUCACUUUCAACCUAGGUCUGGAGUGGGGCGGAGCCUGGAUAGGUGCACCUUUAUUCUUUGUAACUCUACUCUAUGCUUUGACUCUAGCUUCUGUGUGCCUCCUGAAGGCUCCAGAAGAUCUCAAGCAUGAUGUCACAGAAGAUCUGGCAGCAUGA